CGGAUAACCCGAGGCGAGCGCGAGAGAGAUAGAGCAGAGGCGGCAAUGGCGACGGCGAUGCGGGCGGCGACGGCCUUCUUCUCGCCCUCCGUCUCCUCCUCCCCGAACCACCCCAAACAGCAGUGUCCGUUCUCCUCCGCCAGGCGGGGCUCUGCCCGCCGUCGUCUUCGCGCCCUCCCAGCCACCGAAUUGACCCUGGAGGAGCUCAACCCAUCCGUCGACCUGCUCAGGAAGACCGCGGAGGCCGUCGGCGAUUUCAGGAAGACGCCCAUCUACAUCGUCGGGACGGACUGCAACGCCAAGCGCAACAUCGCCAAGCUCCUCGCCAACUCCAUCAUAUACCGGUACCUCUGCAGCGAGGACCUGCUCGAGGACGUCCUCGGUGGCAAGGAAGCCCUCGCCACCUUCCGGGAAACCGACGAGAAGGGCUACCUCGAAGUCGAGACCGAAGGGCUGAAGCAGCUCACGUCCAUGGGCAGCCUCGUGCUCUGCUGCGGCGACGGCGCCGUCAUGAACUCCACCAACCUAGGGCUUCUGAGGCACGGGGUCUCCAUCUGGAUCGACGUUCCUCUCGAGCUAGCGGUGAACGAUAUGCUCAAGAGCAUGGGGGCAAAUGCUAUUUCGGACCCAGAUUCAUUUUCCAAGGCCAUGGGAAAGCUCCGUCAGCGUUAUGAUAAUCUGAAAGAGCGCUAUGCAAAUUCUGAUGUUACUGUUUCAGUGCAAAAUGUGGCUUCUCAACUAGGCUACGGCAGCAUCGACUCUUUGAGCUUAGAGGACAUGGUCGUUGAGAUUGUGAGGCAGAUCGAGAAGCUGGUCAAAGCAAAGGCAAUGAUGGAAGCUGCUGGAAAGCCCGAAUGAUUCUGCCAUGGAUGAGAAUCCGAGAUCUGAUGAAUCUAGGUCUGCCUUGUUAUUCCAGUAUUUUUGCGACGUCUCAAUACUUCAUACAUAGUGGCUCCUGGCAAGGAAGGUUUUCGGGACAUGUCACGCAAAUGAGUUGAACAUGUUUCGGGGCGAUAUUCGUAGCACACACUCCUCGCUGCAAGUUAUUUAUUUAUGUAGCCAGUUGAAAUGUACAUCGCUCAACAUAGGGCCGAACAUUAAUGAUGGGAUUUUUUCAAUCGAAAAGGGAAAGAGAAGAGGCAGCAUGAAAUUCUCUGUGAA